UUUUUUCGAGUAUAAUCGAAUAGUAUUCACAGCAGAGCCAGUGCUGCUUGAACGAAACGAAUAAAAAUCGAGUUUUGAAUUUUCCUUUUUUUUUUUUUGCUUUUUGUCUUAGUUUUAUAAAUGAAUUAUUCAAGUGCCUUCUUUUGUGUCUUAUCAAUUGCAUUAUUUUACUUUUUCGUUUAUCUAUUCAUGAUUCUAUAAAAACUAUGGCGAAAUAUAUCCGAUCGACGGCGACGUAUACGCGACUUCCAAUUUUCUACGGUGAUGAUGGCAGGCGAAUCAAAACCAUUUUCGUGUCGAACAUUCGAGACAGAACGACUGUUGAGAGCCUGGAACAAAAAUAUUCCAUCUACGGUCCGGUACAGUCAUGCACAUUGAAUUAUCAUACGGACAGCGACGAGCGCUAUGCCAUCGUCACUAUGGACUAUGCAUAUGAUGCCUCUAAAAUACUGCGCGACUAUCCGGAUGAAGCGAAACACUUGUACAGUCUACUGCCCAAGAGAAUGACGAGACACACCACACGAAAAGAAUCACCGAAGAAGGAAAUUGUUCGCAAAAUAAAUCGAAUAGAGGUGCCAGUCAUCGAGAUUCAACUGAAAGAAUGCGCAAAACCUUGCGUCGCGACGAUUUCUCGGAACGAUGACGUCAAUGUUGUCGAAUCACCGAAAAAAUCAGUUACACCCGCUCCACGCAAGCGUCGUGUUGCCAAAUCCACGUCAUCAAAAGUUAAAGAACGAACUGCGGUCAAGCAAUCUCGAAAUGAAAUAAAAUUGGAGGCGGUAACAGUGUCUGAAAAUAAGAUCAACGAACCACCGACAGUUGAAACAAUUAAUCAGACGCAAGGUGACGCAAUUGCUGAAGUCAAUCCAUUUACAUCACUAAACGAUGACUGCCUCAUUAGCUUAUUUACGUUCUGUGACAAAUUAGAUUUAGUCAAUUUGGCAAUGGUGUGUGAGAGGUUUCGCUUCAUCGUGUUCAAUUACCUGAGAGCGAAGAUGUCGCGAGUUGUUGAUUUGAACAAAAUAAAAUCAACCGACAAACUAACAGUCAGCGAAGCAACAAAGUUUCUGAAAUUUAUCGAUGCGGUCAAAAAUACCCAGCAACUGGAAGUAACAAUGUCCGGCUUUGUGGAGCAGAGAGACGACCUUAUACUUGAAGAAAUAUUAAAAUGUUGUGGUCCCAAGUUAGUCUGCAUUAAAUUCAACGGCUUCAGUUUCAUGGAAUCUUUCACAAGUCAAUGGAAGCACCUACUCCAUGGACUGACAACGUUAGCGUUUCAUCAGUGCAUCCUAUCGGCGAAUCAUUUCAGCGAACUGCUUACACUAUGUGAGAAUUUAGUGGUGUUGUGUGUGACCAAUUCGAAUUCCACUGGCAACGAUGCCGACGACGACAUUAAAGUAGAAUCACGUGCAUUCACGUGUACAAAAUUAAAGGAAUUCCGAUUGACUUCCACCCGUCAUUGCUGCAAGUCAUCGGAACUGAUUUGGUUGCUUGAAAACAAUCCGAACCUGAGCGUUCUACAAAUACAGGACGUUGGUGACUCGGUUAAAUUGACCGGCGGAGUCUUAAAGUCCAUCGGGAAAUUUGAGCAGUUGCAGGACCUAGCGUUUUCCUUCCGAAAUUUCAUGUGCGAUCUAAUGAUCAAUCUUUGUCACUUGAUUCAACUAAAGGAGUUAAAAUCGCUAAGCUUACAGUGUGAAUGGGAGAACAUAUCCACAUUCAUACGGCAAUUAUCGCAAGCAGCCAAUAAGCAGAUCGAACGGUUGAGCUUUGAAUGCAUUGACAUCAACACCAGCUUCAUAAAAUCGAUCGGCAGAUUUCGAAAGUUGCAAUACCUCAAAUUGGAAAAUACGGUCGUCAAUGAGCCCAGCCAGGUGGUGUUCGAACAAUCCUUGAUGGACUUAACCUAUCGACUAAACAAUCUGUCGCGUUUCCAUUGUCAAUUGCACCUAUUCACCGAGGACACACUCGUCCAAUUCAUAGAGCGGAUGAAGCGACUGGAACAUUUUCAAAUUACCGGCCUAGUAAUGAAUUUACUUUUGUUUAUGCAAAUAGUUUCGGCUUGCGGAAGGAGGAUCAAUGGCAUCAAAUUGAAUGUGGUUGUCGACAAUUAUCAUUAUUUGAACGAGUACUUAGACUUGAUAAGAAGCGAAUAUGGUAACGUUAUUGGAAUACAGUCCAUAUACGAUUAGUUGCGAUGGUGUUUAGUGUGGACCAUUUUUUAAGAAAUAAAUGUUUUUUCAAGAA